CUGGAACGUAUGAUGCUCUCGCUAGCCUUGUGAUUUCGCUGCUGUUUGAAACAAGACCAUGGACAGUGGAAAGCGGAUAAAGGUUACCAUUGUUUUCAGCCUUCCUCUAAUUUUUCAGUUCUGCACUGGCAACAACGUCACCAAUGACUAUGACUCCAAUACCACCAUCGACUACACCAUGUUUGAGACCCCGUGCGAGAAAGAGGAGGUCCGUAACUUCCGUGCUGCCUUUCUCCCGGCCAUGUAUUCCCUCAUCUGCUUCAUCGGGCUGGUGGGGAACGGGCUCGUGAUGCUGACCUACAUCUACUUCAAGAGGCUCAAGACCAUGACGGACAUCUAUUUGCUGAACCUGGCCUUGGCAGACAUCCUCUUUCUGCUGACCCUCCCCUUCUGGGCCACAAGUGCAGCCAUGUACUGGCUUUUUGGGGAGUUUGCCUGCAAAGCUGUCUAUUGCAUCUGCAAGAUGAGCUUCUUCAGUGGGAUGCUGCUUCUCCUGUCCAUCAGCAUCGACAGGUACUUUGCUAUCGUUCAGGCUGCCUCCGCCCACCGCUUCCGUCCCCGGAUGAUGUUCAUUAGCAAGGUCACGUGCAUCCUCAUCUGGCUCCUCGCCUUCAUCCUCUCAAUCCCUGAGCUGGUUCACAGUGGCAUAAAUAACUCAGACAGCUAUCCCCGUUGCUCUAUCAUCGCUACUGACUUGCAGACAUUUAACACUGGCAUCAAGGUGUCCCAAAUGAUUUUUGGUUUCCUAUUUCCCCUACUGGUCAUGUCUGUCUGCUACCUCAUCAUCAUCAAAACAUUACUCCAGGCCCGCAACUUUGAGAAGAAUAAAGCUAUUAAGGUCAUCAUUGCUGUGGUAAUUGUUUUCCUUGUCUUCCAGCUGCCCUACAACAGCGUCAUGCUGGCCAAGACCAUCUCAGCUUUCAAUCACACCAGUUCGUGUGAGGAGAGCAAGAAGCUUGACAUGGCAGAUGACGUGACCUACACUCUGGCCUGCUUCCGAUGUUGCCUCAAUCCUUUCCUUUAUGCCUUCAUUGGUGUCAAAUUCCGCAAUGACCUCUUCAAGCUUCUCAAGGAACUUGGCUGCCUGAGUCAAGAGCGUCUCUGGCAGCUGUCCACCUGCCGCGAGAGCAAGAGGUUUUCCACUGCCAUGGAGACAGAGACAACUACCACUUUCUCACCAUAAGGCGAGUUCUAUGCAGGCUUUGACUGAGCUGAAGGCUGGCAGUUUUGUACACUGCCACUAUUUUGAAUUACUGAUAGAGCAGGACCUGCCACUGCUAGAAGCGGAAAAUUCAGGAGCCUCCCCACAUUUCAAGCAACGAGCAUUGCUAUCCAACACUCCCACAGAUGGAGAGACUUCAAUAAAGCUGUUGACUAAUACUUAAGCAGGGGAGAGGGACACCGAGUCUAAAAUUUAUCAUGCCACUUGACCUUUAUUUUAGUCUUUCCUAGUUGAAAUGAGAAAUGCUCCAAAAUAGAACCGUUUUCUUUUAAAAACAACACAUAUCAAGACAGCAAGACAUUUGCGCAACAGAAUUGCUUAUUUAGAACUGAACUCCCAAGAGCUUUCUUGCUUUGUGUUGCAUUUAACAAGAUUGCCUAUUGCUCUUCCAUAUGUACACAAAUGAUGCCUGUUGCACUGACCCAGCCUUCAAGGCAAAACAGCACCAACGGUCUCAGGCUCCAAGCUUAACAGAGUAUGCAAUAUAAGCUAUGAAGUACCCUAGCAUGCAACUCUCAGCUCUACCUUCCCCACUAAAAGCUAGA